AUUGUUAGAUGCGCCGAGACGCUAAAAUGCGCAGUCCUAGUGCAAGCUGCCUCGAAACUCCUGGAGUGCGCUAGUCCACUCUCUUUAUAAGCAACUUGAGCUCCCAUACUCCACUGCCAAAAAAUAAAUUUCAAUUUUAUCCUCUCCUAAGAGAAAUGAUAAGAUUUACUCAUUGCUCUUCGCCUUCCCAUUCCGACCAAGUCGAAGAUUCCGAUCCCUCCUCAAACUCCUCAUCCCUCAGUUCUCAGCCGAGCCUCCCUUCAGUCCCCUCCCUAACCGACCUCCCUCCCUCCACCGCCACCCACCACCACUGCCUCGCCACCCUCAAGGGCCACUCCUCCUCAAUCUUCUCGCUCUCCCUCGCCGGAAAGCACCUCUACAGCGGCGUUUCCGACGGCCAAAUCCGCGUUUGGGAUCGCAACCCCUCCUCAUACACCGACAAUGGCGCCGUCUCCGAGAGCCGCAGCGCUGUCAAAUCCAUCGUUGUCUCAGGCGACAAGCUCUUCACAGCCCACAGCGACAACAAAAUCCGCGUCUGGAAAAUCGACAACUACUCCGGCGACGGCAGGAGGUGCACGGCGGUGGCUGUUCUGCCGACGGUGAGCGACCGCUGCAUGAGCCUCUUCUCCGCGAAGAACUACGUCAAAGUGCGGCGCCACAAGCGGUGCACGUGGGUCCACCACGUGGAUGCGGUGGCGGCGCUGGCCGCCACCAGCGACGGUGCCCUCCUCUACUCGGUGUCGUGGGACAGAAGCUUCAAAAUCUGGCGGAGUUCCGACUUCAGGUGCGUGGAGUCGGUGCAGAACGCGCACGACGACGCCAUAAACGCCGUCGUUUUGUCCGCAGACGGCCACGUCUACACCGGCUCCGCCGACAGGAGGAUCAAGGUGUGGAGAAUCAACGGCGGCGAUCAAAAGCAUUCGCUCGUUUCCACGCUGGAGAAGCAUAAAUCCGCGGUGAAUGCGCUGGCUUUGAGCGGCGAUGGCUCCGUGCUUUAUUCUGGGGCAUGCGAUAGGUCGAUCAUUGUGUGGGAGAGAGACGGCGGCGCCGCCCACAUGGCGGUGGCGGGGGCGCUGAGGGGCCACACGAAGGCUAUCCUGUGUCUGGCAGUGGUCGGAGAGGUGCUGUGCAGUGGAUCGGCGGAUAGAACGGUUAGGGUUUGGAGGAGAGGGAUUGGAAAUAGUUAUUCUUGCCUGGCGGUUCUUGAAGGCCAUCGGAAUCCGGUCAAGUCUUUGACGGCGGGCUUCGACACUAAUCACGCCGGCGAUUCCGACAAUUCUUAUCUGGUUUACAGUGGCAGUUUAGAUUUUGAGAUCAAGGUUUGGAAGAUUAGGGUUCCAUUAAUCACUUAAUUACCUAUUUUGUUAUAUGUAUACUGGUGGGGAUUAAUUUAUUUGUGUAGAGAGUUGGAGGGAAAGCUAAUUAAGUAUAAUACAUAUAUAUACACCUUUUUUGUUCUUCCGAGGUUUCGAUUUGUGUAUGUAUCAAAAAUUUGAUAUAUACCAUUGUAAUUUUGUGUGUAUAAUAGUUGAAUUGGGAAAGUUAAAAUCAAUUUUAAUUUGAUUACAUUUUAAA